AAUUUUCACCUAUUACCAUUAUUCUCUUGAGGUCCAAAAAGCUCUCCUUCAAGAGCUCCAAACGCUCCGAAGAGGGGCCGAGCGCUCCCCCCCGCGCAAAAAGUUUGUGCACGAAAGAAAGGCAUGGAGCACUCAAAAGUUAGAGACUUGUUAGAUCAACAUACUCCAAUCAUGGUCACAGUCAAGGGAGCAACAAUGGGUUUAACUGCAGGGACUGUAACGGGUGCAAUUGUGGCUACUCUGUUUGAUCGUGAUGUGCCCCCUGUGAAUAAAAACGUGACACAUCCAGAGCUUAUGAGAACCCUCAAGGUGUGUGGUAACUAUGGACUUACUUUUGCUGCCCUUGGAGGUAUAUAUGCAGGUGUGGAUCAACUGUUGGAAAAGCAGAGAAAGAAGAAGGACUUCAUUAAUGGUGCUGUGGGUGCUUUUGUUGCUGGAGCUUCUGUUUUGGGUUUCAAAGGUAGGAGCAUUUCAUCAGCUCUUUUUUGUGGAUCUGCUCUGGCUUUCACUUCUGCAGUGCUGGAACAUUGCUUGUCAGAUGACAAGACUCAUGACCAGUGAAAAGUACUUACCUUACAGAGAAAAGGCCUUCUGUUAACUGAUUACCUGUACAAAGAAAAGGUAGUUGUAUUCCUGUCAACAGGUUAGGUCAUGGUGCUGUGGAAAUGUUAGAGGGUCCCCAUUUGUUUCUCUUGUUUUUUUUUUUUCCCCGUCCCGUUUGGGAAGUCUGUUGCUGCCUUUGCAGCCUUUGAAGGAAGAUCUUAUUUCUUUGUUUUUCUUUUUUCUCUAUUGUAAUGAUUGGCGAAUGUAACAUUGUCAAGAAUGUAUUCACAGGAUAAUGGUUUGUCAAAAAUUAACAAUCUAACAAUAUGGUCAUAGCUCGAUUGAUUGUAUGUGAUGAGGCAGCGAAAAUUUUGCUGGCAAAA